AUGGCAGAAAGGACAGCGACACCACCAGUGGGAAGCGGUAGUGGAUCGCGCACGGUGCUCGCGACGACACGGGGCGGAACGACGUCGGGCCAGCAGGGCGUGCUGCGGUUACGCGCUACGGCCCACCACCCGGACUCGGCGGCGGCCAUGGCGGGCGGCGAGACCUCGCAACCGACCCGACGUGUCGUCUGGUCCGAGGAGACGGUGGACAAUGAAGGACUGGGUCGCAAAAAGUCAAAGAUCUGCUGCAUCUACCACAAGCCCAAGGCAUUCGACGAAUCCUCCUCGGACGAAUCCUCAUCCUCUUCGGCGACAUCAAGUUCGGAGAGAUCCGACUCGGAUUCCGACUCUGAUUCGUCGAUGGCGCACUCGGACGACUCGGCGAGGGACGGGCCCAACCUCAGCUCGGCGCUGAAGGCCAAACAUCGACAGGGAGCGGGCGCGUCGUCAUCCUGCCACGAUCACCGCCAUGACGACGACGAGGCACAUGCACACGGUGAAGGCGGCGAGGAACGGCAUCGUCAUCGCCGCCGUCGUCGUACCGCCAAGUCGAAGGGCAGGGGCGACAAGACCAGCUCCUCUCGAGGCCGUGGCGGGUCCUCGACUCAGAUCAUGACCGUUCCCCCCUCGGAUGCGCAACAGGAGGGCGAACACGAAGACAGCGACAAGGCGGGCGGAAGUGCAUCUGAAGGCGAAGAAGAUCCGCACAAGGCGAGAGGUAGCGCGAAACCCAACAAGUACGAGAGGGGUCCGAGGUAG